CUCCUGUGUUCGUCCAAUCAGGAGCUCUUCCUGUCAGGACCGGAUGUUCAUUCAGAAGACAGAUCUGAUUCUUUACCGAUAAUAUAUGUGUAAUGUAAAUAUUUGCGCCAUGACGACAGAUUCAGACGCGACAGGAAGAGGAAGUAAAUCUAAACUAAAAGUUUAAUGUCAUGGGUGCCGUGUUUGACGUGGAGCUGUGGAGUCCCUCAGAUCGCCGCUUCACACUGACGGCAAACAGCGCGAUGAGCCCGCAGAAGAAGAUGAAGAAGAGGAAGGAGCUGAACGCCCUCAUCGGCCUGAGCGACAGCAGCCAGAGGAAGAGCAAGCAGAGCUGCGGACACCGCCUGCUGCGGACCGAGCCGCCCGAGUCCGAGGAGUCCGAGCCCGAGUCCGAGUCCGAGUCCGGCUCCGAGGAGCAGCAGUUCGGCGGCCGCAGCGGCCUGCUCGGGAAGACCUCGCUGCGGUGCUGCUCGCUCUGUUACCCGCUGUGUGUGUUCGUGGUUCUGGCGGCAUGUGUCAUGGCCUGCGCUGGACUCAUCUGGAUGCAGAUCGCCCUCAAAGAGGACCUGGACUCCAUGAAUGAGAAGAUCCACACUAUGGAGAGCAGUCAGAAGCUCUCAUCUCACGAGAUCCUGAAGCUCAGUGAGGACCUGAAGGCCAAACAGAUGAAACUAGACGAGCUGGAGAGCGGAGACAAAGGCCUGGCCAAACUCUGGUCCAAUCUGAGCGAGAUCAAUCAGAAGCUCAGUGCUCUGGAUUCUGCUGUCAAUCAUCUGAAGGCCAACAUCAAAUCUGCUUCUGAUCUGAUCGCGCUGCCACGGACGGUGGAGGAGCUGCAGAAGAGCGUGGCCAGCAUCGGCAGCACUGUCACCAGCGUCCAGCACGACGUCACCAUGAUUCAGUCUGUCGUGGAAGAGAGAAGGAAAGGAGAAGAUCAGCUGAAGGCCAAUGGAGAGAAGCCGGUGAACAUCAGCAGCAGCUGUGUGACGCUGAAGCAGGACCUGCAGUAUCUUCAGGAUGAUGUGAAGGAGUUGAACAGCUCUCUGCUGCUCCAUCAGUCAUGGUCGAGCGAGCAGAUCCAGAGCGUGCGAUUCGUGAUGUCUAACCUGAGCAGAUGGGUGUCAGCGCUGGACCAGAGCUCCUCAGGAGACACGCCGCAGCCGCCGUCGGCCGUCCGUCCGCUCCAGACUCUUCAGACCGCUGCAGACGCUGGUUCCUCACGCUCCCGCCGCCCCAGGUUUCUGUCCCGCAGACGCUAUAAACGAGCACAGAUGUCCUCCCGCAGCACCGUGGCGUUUCCCGGGGUCAAGUCUGAGAGAGAUGUGGAGCAGCGGCUGCGGGGCCGUUCGUCUCUGGCCCCUGAGGAGCUGAAGGAGGUGUUGGGCUCGGAGCGAGACUCGCUGGAGGAGCUGCAGGCUGCUGAGGUCAGUCCUGAUGACGAGCGUCAGUGAGGAGGUAUAGCGGCCUCGGUCACGGUCAGAUUCAUUGAUUCACCGACGCUGGUGGUUUACACACUGACAGACCUCAGAGUCGCUCCUCACACUGGACGUGUUUGUUCUGCUCAGCGGAGUUUGAUCAAGUAGCUUGAAACCCUUAACGAGACCCGUAACCCGCCGGAUUAUCAGAUAAUCACAGCCGCGCUCACCUGUUUAAUGAUUCAGACGUCUUCAUCUCACACACCUGUCAGGAACAGGCCAUAAAUCAGCACAAAAUCAAAGGACAUAUAUCUUACCAAAAGAAAAUUAAGAUGUUGUGAAUUUCUGACAUUGUUUUAAUGCAGUUUUAGCCUGAAUCCCAUUCCUGUAAUGACAAAAAUAAAUCAUGCUCGUUUUUCUUGUACUGCUGAUUUAAAUCAAUCUGUUUUGCAGCAUAAUACAGUAAACUGGUAUAUUACUGUCAUGAGAUUCACCUGUAAAAAUAGUUAUUAUAAACUCAUCAGAAGCAAACAUCUGGAUGCAUUAAAUUCAUGAGAAAAUGCUCAGUGUGUUUAUUUCACAUCUAUUAAUGCCUCUUACAGACUUAAUACAGUUAGGCUUCAUUUUCUUCGACAAAUACUCCCAUGAUUCUUGAAGUGUGACGUGAUUUCACGAGAUUCACUCUUACAUAUUUAAAUAUUUAUCUGUCUCAAGAAUGAUUUUGACGUCUGUAUGAACUGAGGGAAAUGAAGAUCUGUCAGAUAAUAUGUAAUAUGAUCCAUACAACUGCUUAUAGUAAAUAUAAUCAUCAGAUAUUUAAGAGAGUAUAAUGCAGUGCACUUGUGUUUUAUCAGAUUUAGUUUUUAAUUUAAAGUAAUGUUUGAGGGUAAUUGCUUGUGCGAAGCGUUUCUGAUCUGUAGAGGAACAGCGUGAGGAUGGAGAUCAUGAAUGUUUGUGUGUAUAUAUCUAUUUCUGAGUGGAGUGAAUGGUUUCUGCACUCCGCUUGUGUUGGGCUGCAGACGUUUGGAAAUCAUGUCUCAAACUGUACUGUCGCUUCAUGAAACCAGAUAAAAGCUGUACAUAUUGUAGAACUGGACAUUUCUACGUAUGAAACUAAUUUUAAGCAGUAGGAAGAUGUGUGAUCAGACGAAAUGUACAUGUUUUGCAUGUUCUCUUUAAUGUAACAUGAAUAAAAGCUCAGUUUAUUUGUUU